GACCCGGAAGUUCCUGCUAUCGCUGCCUCAGAGCUGGCGAUGCAGCAGAGUGCUUUGAGUGAAAGAAGUGCGGGAAGCGCAAUGUGAGAUGUUCUACUGAUCUGCUCUGUGUUCUAAUAUUGUGCAGCCGAUCUGUCCGCCUUCAACAUGACUAAUAAAAGGAAACGACAAGAAGAUUUCCAGAAAGUAAAACUGAAGGUUGGGAAGAAGAAGCCCCGAGCUGACAAUGCAACCUACACGACAUGCAGGAUCAAAUCCAUUCAUCUGAGCGAGCAGCUAAGGGACGAGCACUCUCUCCCUACCAGCCGGCGGAAGCUCACCAUUACGGAUAUCCUUUCACAAAUGCACCAUUACAAUUCUGGUGUUAAACACGGGGCUCUCGUUGGUCUUAGAGAAAUCCUGUCAACUCAUCCUUCAUUACUUGAUACACACAUUUCCAAUAUAAUGAGUGAAGUGACUGCUGUGUUCACCGACAAAGAUUCUAUGGUUAGGUCGGCCACGAUUUCUGUCUUGCAGACUUUGGCACCCAUGAUUUUUCAAGAGAAGAUUUCGCCUUUUUUCCCUCUUAUAAGUGCUCACCUCUCCUCUGCUAUGACUCAUAUAAUGCCAGGGAUUCAGGAAGACUCGCUGAAGAUCCUAGAUAUCCUUUUGGAAGAGUAUCCUGACUUACUUAUUGAUCGUAGUAGUAUGUUAUUGAACAAUUUCUUGGAACUUAUUUCCCACCAAAAGAACUCUAAGGAAUUAAAAAACGCAGAUAAAGCACCAGCUUGGACACUGUCUGUAAAUCCUAAUCGGAAGGUUACAUCUCAGAAGUGGAGGAUAAGUGUACUGGGUAGACUAAAAAAGUUUCUUAAGGCAUUAGUGAAACGAGCUGUUGAAAGAUAUCCUGACAAGGAGCAACUUCACGAUGGCGCUGAAAAUGAACUUGCUGUAAAAGCCAAUGUACACAUCUCUUGGCAAGAGCAUCAAGCUGGUCAGCAACAAAUCAGGUUGUUUGAUUGUGAGCAAACACAGUUAAGUAAAAACUCCUCAUUUCGUCUGAGGUCACUGGUGGGUAUAUCUUACAAUACCGAAGAAGGUCUCUCUUCUUCAGAUAGUUUGAAGGCGUUCAUACAAGCAGUCAUUCCCAUUUUGAUUGAGUGCUGGGUUGAGGAGUCACCCAGCAACAUGUGUGAUAGCUCUGAAAACUUGCUAAAACCUGUAGCAUAUCAUCUUCUGCAGGAGGUGCUUAGCAUCAUUUCUCUCCUUUGGAAGCUAAGUGAACACCAGGCUGAAUCACAGAAAAUGGAUGGUUGGUUCAGGAAGAAUUAUCUUAAAGAUUUCAAGCAUCAUUUCAUGAAGCAUUUUCCUUACAACGCACAAGAUAGCCUGAAACAGAAGAAAAAAAUAACAAAAGGGAAUAAAGAUGGAUUGCUUCCUUAUAAUGGCUUGGAUUAUCUUUUGUUAAAUUUAACAUUAUGUGACAUUAUGGUCUCUUUGGCAAAUCCUUCAACUCUGCAAGAGGAUUCAGACUGGCUAGCCAUGAUAAGGACAUUUGUGACUGAAAAGUUGCUUUGUGGGUGGAAACUAAAUGCUAAGCAAUUAAAACAACUACUUGAAGUAACAAACAGACUUUUGAAUAUCCAUAUCAACAGAGUGGCUACAGAGAAGUUGAUUCAAGCAGUUUAUAUGACAUACCAGCAACGAGAUUUACUUUUAUCAGUGCGCUCAAUGCUUCUGAAGUUUUUUAAUAGGGUUUACUUAAAAGAAGAAGAAAUGUUCCUCAGCUUGGGGAGGAGCCGAAGUAAGGUUUUAUCUCGAUGGCUUGCCAGCUUACCAGUUCAGCUUGUUCAUCUUGGUCCAAGAAACCAUCAGCUUUCUUCCCUUAUGAUUGAUACAAUAUAUACCGCUGCCGCUCGGUCAAACAAGGAAUUACUUCAAAACCUUCAGACAGUGGCCUGUCAAAUUUAUG